AUGUUAUAAUAAAGUAAACAAUUGAGAUAGCAAUACGAACAAGAACUAGAGUAAUAGCUUGCUUUUGAUCGAAAAGCGAAAUUAAGGUAUUAUGAAAAUCAAUUGCAUCCAAAACCCAAAUACUUUAAAUGCAUUAAAACACCAAAUAGAUCUUGUUUACUAUAAUCAAUCAAAAUACCAAAAGUGGAAUAGAGUUACAGAGACUUUACAGACAUCAAAAACUCUUUGUUCUAAGAUCAAAUUUCAGUAAUUGAACCGUACUCUCAUUAAAAAUUGGAAAACAUGGCAUUGGCUUUAGAAAAUAGGAGAUUUUUUUUAAUUUUAAGGGAAAUAACAUUGAUUGGCAAAGCAAUCUAUUUUUCUAAGACCAGAAUUCGGAAUUUCAAGAGAAAUAUCUUCAGAUCAUUCAUUUUAAAUUAUAAUAGAGAAGUUGCAAAACAACAAUUAAAUAGAAUUGCACAAGCCUUACAUGCUCACAUCUAGCAUUUUCUAUUAAGAUAAAUUCUAUUUUAAUGGAGUGUCAUUGCAAAGUAGAAGAAAAGAGCAUUACAACUAAUUUUUAUGAAGCAAUACUUCCUAAAAUGGCGUAGACUAUAACCAAUUUCACCUACAUUAGAAAGGGUUUUUAAGAUUUGGAAGGAACAUGUAAAAGAGAAAAGGGCAAAAAAGUUUUAUACUUAUUUAAGAACAAAGAAAUUAUUUGAAUUUUGGAAAUUGAAGACAUCCUUAAAAAGAGUGAGAGUGAGAUAACAAAUUUUGGCAAAGCAUCAUUAUAAUAAAACACUGAUCCAAUGUGUCUUUGGAUUACUUUAAUAAAACAUCUUACUAAAUAGAGGAAAUCAAUCCUAAUUUUCAAAUGAGUUUCUAAAAUCAGAUUCAUAAAUUCAGACUAUUAAAUUGCAACAAUGA